GGGUUACUAAAUUGUUUUUAUUUGUUGUAUUGAUUCAGAUAAACUCAAGGUUGAUUGAAAAUGUCGGGCCGUGGAAAGGGAGGAAAAGGAUUGGGAAAGGGAGGAGCAAAGCGUCACCGUAAGGUGCUCCGUGAUAACAUUCAAGGUAUCACUAAGCCUGCUAUUAGGCGUUUGGCUCGUAGAGGAGGAGUGAAGCGUAUCAGUGGACUAAUCUAUGAGGAGACUCGUGGAGUUUUGAAGAUCUUUUUGGAGAAUGUGAUUCGUGAUUCUGUUACCUACACUGAGCAUGCUAGGAGGAAGACGGUCACUGCUAUGGAUGUUGUCUAUGCACUCAAGAGACAAGGAAGGACUCUGUAUGGUUUUGGAGGUUGAAUGGGAGUUUUUGGGUUCUGACUUUUGUUUAGUCUGCAAAAGUCUUGCUGUCAAGAAAUUGUUUUGCUUUUUGCUGGGGUUAAUGGGGUUCUAUUCUGGUGUAAUUAGUAUGGUUCAUGUAGGAGAUGUGGUUGUAGCUUGUUUCAAAACUUCUGAAAAUUAGCUUGAAUUCAAUGGAUACUAUUGGCAGAUUCAGUUU